AUGGCGAGCGUCGACGCCGUGGACGAGUUGAUCCCGCGCGUCGUGGCGCUAGAGAUCGACCACGAACUGGACGACUUGGGCACCGUCAAGGUGCAGGCGGCAACUUCAACACCCGAGCGCGUCAUCUACUUCCGCGACUUGAACUCGUGGGACAUCCCACAAGUGCGAGCUCUGCAUGAGGAAUGGUUCCCCAUCCGCUACAACCAGGCGUUCUACGACGGUGCGGCUCAGGGCAUGUGGAUGGAGACGGGCGGUCCUCUAUUCGCUCGUCUGGCAGUGGAGAUACCAGUCCAACCCAAUCUGGAAGACCGACGAGAUGAAAAUAUUCUUGGCGCUGUGACGGCCAGUACACUACCGCUGAGCAAAGUGGACGACCCAGACUUGAUCUCUCCGGAUGACUGGGAACAUACUCAUGUAAUGUACAUCUUGACACUGGGCACUCGGUCGUCGGUCAGAAGAAUGGGUAUCGCGUCAGAGCUGCUGCAGGAAUGCAUAGCUCAAGCCUGUCGCCAACCGCAGUGUGGAGCGGUUUAUCUCCAUGUGAAAGCUGAUAAUUUGAGUGCCAGACAUUUUUACGAGAAGAACGGAUUCCAGAACCUGCGGUAUUUACAAGAUUACUACAUGAUUGACGGAGUGCGGCACGAUGCGUUCCUGUACAUUCGUUAUGUGAACGGCGCUGCCCCGCAGAGCGGAUGGUUCGAUCUCAUUACAAGACCGCUGUUCGCAUUGUUUUCGAUCGCCUCGUUCGGCUGGAAAAAGCUCAUCGAAGGAUUCAAUGUGGACGAGUUUGAAGACACUGCCACUGACAAGCUCGCCCAGCCCGCAUCUUCGGCACCCGUUGAAUCGACAAGUAUAGUCUUGGAUCUACUUAAUGAGGUCGAGGACGCGAUGAAAAGCCCAGGAUCUGGGGGAGGCGGGACGGGAGGUCAUUCUUCAGGAGUCAAGUACUCCAACGAAUCGGAAAGCUCCGCCAGAAUUACUCAGCCUGCUAGCAAGGACCGGAGUAAAAAUGAACUUGACGAUCUAUUAGACAUGCUCGGAGAUGAAGACAGUAAACCUGCUGCCGUUCAUCCGAGACCGAUGUCAUCACCGAGAGCAGGUGCAUACAACUCACCCUCACGGAACGAGUUUCAAGCUGGCGGCACUAAAAAAUGUUCCCAAGUGCUGAUGGAUGGAGGGCGUGCCAGUCGUGGCCUUAGUACCGCAUUCUCGUUACGAGCAUGUACUAAUCUCCGAUGUAACGAGUGUGACUUCACUGUUGUGCAAUUUCCCGGCAAGAAAUGGGAUGCCAGUGCCGACUACAUGUUCUUUCGCGAGAAUGUGCCAAACGAGACAAAACUUCGAGUUAAAAUGGAAAUCGCUCCAGUGCAAGUGGCUCUCUAUCAGUUCGCAGACUCGAGUGAAUAA